AAAGAUCAAGAAUUGACAAGAUGUUGCAAAGAGCUGCAAGCAAUGCCUAUUCAUGGUGGGCUGCUAGCCACAUUAGGACCAAACAAUCCAAAUGGCUUGAACAAAGCCUUCAAGAUAUGCAAGGGAGAGUUGAAACUGUGAUUAAGCUGAUUGAAGAGGAUGGAGAUUCAUUUGCCAAAAGGGCUGAAAUGUACUACAAGAAAAGGCCAGAGCUGAUAAACUUUGUGGAAGAAUCCUAUCGUGCCUAUCGCGCGUUGGCUGAACGAUAUGAUCAUCUGUCGAAGGAACUACAGACUGCCAACAACACAAUUGCUACUAUCUGCCCGGAACAAAUUCAACUAGCAAUGGAAGAGGAAGACGAAUAUGGCGCCCCAACUCCAAGAAUGCCAAAGGAUUUUACACAAAUUCCACCAAAUGGAUCAUCAAACAUACCAAAGGCUCCUAUAAAAGACUUAAAAGGUCUUAUGUCAACUACCACAAAACAAAGACAAGGCAAGAAAUUGACAGAUGAUGUCGCGAAAUCUGGUUUGUCCAAAAACGAGGCUAUUGAAGAGAUUGACAAACUUCAGAAAGACAUAUUGGCCUUGCAAACUGUGAAAGAGUUCAUAAGGAGUUCCUACAAGAAUGGACUUGAAAGGUACAGAGGAAUUGAAAACCAAAUCAUGGAAAAGCAACAAAAGAUAUGUACGUUGGAGGAUGAAUUUGGCGAGGGUCGGGUUAUUGAGGAUGCUGAGGCUUGCACUUUGAUGGCUGAAGCAGCAUUGCAAUCAUGUCAAGAAACAUUAACUCAUCUCCAGGAGAAACAAGAUGUAUAUACACAAGAAGCGCAAGAUGAGUUCAACAAAAUUGAUGAUUCUUGUAAGAAACUUAAGUCCUUUAGGCAUAAGUAUCUUCCCGAGCAAAUUGAUGAACCGAAGGCUGAUAGAGUUAAAUUCCUGAACCAAGAAGUUGGUAAGGAGAUAGAGUCAUUACAAGACAAGAUUAAGGAUCAAAUGGAUGCGAACUCUAAAGGGUCUUUAACGAUGUCACAAUUGGCAGAGAAAAUCGAUGAGCUUGUGAAUAAGGUGAUCAGCCUAGAAACAGAAGUUGCAUCUCAGACACUUUUGAUUGACAGAUUAAGAAGAGAAGCUAAUGAACUCCAAAAUCAAGUUCAGUCUUUGGAGGACGAUAAGGCAGCUCAGACAGGUGAUACCUACAACCUGAAUAUCAGGGUGACCGCGAUAGAAGCAAAGUUGGAAACUAUUGAGAACAUCAAUAAAGAUGUUGUAAACCAAGACAGUAGUCUACGAACUCACUUUGUUGAAGCUCGUGCUAAUAUAGACCAUUUAUCCGGUAAAUUGAGUAGUGUCCAACCGGAUGAGGAGCUCAAUGGAACAGAUUCAUCUCCAAAUGAAGUGACUAUGAGACAAGAUCCAGUGACACAAAAAGAUCAUCCUAGUUCAGGUGCAGGUCUCAAGAACUUAAGUACCAUAACAGAAAAAGAUAAAGAAGUUCGCAAAGAGCACGAUUCCAGUCUAAGUAACAAAGGGGAAUUUAAAAAACCUGCAAAGAAGCACGUCACAUUUCUGCAGCCAAUAACAGCUGAAAAAGGCGAUGAGAAAGUCUCAGCUCAAUCUGGAACUAAAGUUUACGAGACGAAAAUAGAGGAAGUUGCAGAGAAGGAGGAUGAUCUUAAUUGGCAACAGAUGCUGUUGAGCGGUUUGGAGGAUAAAGAAAACAUUCUCUUAAAUGACUAUAAAACAAUUCUCAGGGAUUAUAAGGAAGUUACAAAGAAGCUAAGUGAUAUGGAGAAGAGAGAUAGAGAAAUCGAGUUCGACCUCACACUUCAGAUAAGAGAGUUUAAAUAUGCUAUCACAAAGAGGGAUGAAGAGAUACAUAAUCUACGUCGAAAAUUGAGUCUCAUGCAACAAGGACAUGCUUCUGAUCAAGAUAAAGAGCUGAAGGUAGAAAAUCCUUCAUCUGAUCGAAGCUUGAAACCCGAUGAGCUGCCUCAAAGGAAGGACAACGAUAUUCCUAUAGUAGAGCACGAUAAAGAAGACAUCAAGACGAUUUUGGUUGAUCAACGUGCAUCAGUACUAUCGCCAAUUGAGGGGAAAAUCCAGUUUAGCAUUAAUUCAAUUCUAGACGAAAACUUGGAUUUCUGGCUAAGGUUCAGCACAACAUUCCAUCAGGUUCAAAAGUUCAAGACCACGAUCCACGACUUGCAGCUCGAAAUAUCCAAACUUAAAGACAAGGAAAUGCAAGAUAAAUCAGAAAUCAGGCAUUUAUAUAAACACAUGGAGGAGAUUCACAGUGAACUAACAAUGUGGUUAUCACACACAUUGCUUCUAAAAGAUGAACUCGAUCGCAAGUUCUCAGCUUUAUGCAGCAUUCAGGACGAAAUCACAAAAGCUCUAAAAGUGGGAGUUGCAUUAGACGGAAUCGGAUUGAGCACUCAUGAAGCAGCAAAGUUCCAAGGUGCAGUUUUCAACAUGAAACAAGAGAACAACAAGGUAAGAGAGGAACUAGAAGCUGGUGUUCGUCGUGUAACUACACUUCAACUAGACGUUGAGAAGACUAUAACACAAUUGGAUCAAGAAUUCGGACUUAACGGAAACCAAGCACACUUGAUGCACACAGUGAGCAAAUCAAGAAUUCCCUUACACUCAUUCAUCUUUGGAACUAAAUCGAAGAAGCAAAAGCGUUCAGUUUUUUCGCGCAUUCACCUCAAUAGGAAAUACUAGGUCCUUGAGGGCUUGGGUACCUUUGUAUAGAACAUGUAUUCUUGAUCUUUG